AUGGGACCAAGCUUCCGACGCCAACACCAGUUCGGCAAGAAGGUCAAGUUCGUUCGCCACGAUGGAGCAUGUGAGUUUGCAUCCAACUCGCUCAAGGUCUUUUACGAGAACGAAGGUAUCGAGCAACAGACCACGGUUCCGUAUGCGCACCAGACCAACGGCACGGCAGAGCGCGCCAUUCGGUCUAUUGUCACGAUCGGCCGCAGCUUGCUGCACCACGCCAAACUUGACAAGUGUUUUUGGGCUGAAGCGGCCAUGACGGCCAUCUACAUCAAGAACCGUCUGCCAUCGCCCAAGAUUCCCCACAAAACGCCGUUCGAGAUCGUGUGUGGCUCAAAGCCAAGCGUCAAGCACAUGCGUAUAUUCGGGUGUCAAGCAUACAUCUUGACUCCGAAGGAAAAACGACUCAAGUGGGAUCCCAAGGCUCGUGUCGGCAUCUUCAUGGGCUACGAAGAAGUUUCCAAGGCAUAUCGCGUGUUUGACAUCGAGGCUGGACAAGUUGUGAUCAGCCGUGAUGUCAACUUCGACGAGUCAGCUUUCGGGUUUUCGAUGGAGCCAUCAAGUGAAGAAGUCGAUGAUGCAACGUUGGACCUCGAUCUUCUCGACAUCAACGACAGCGAUGUGCGCCAGACAAACUACAGACAGACCGGCAAGCGAAAGGACCGGCCAAGCAACAACGUUAUGCGCCCAGCCCGUCGUCGAACUGGGUUGGAGGAAGCAAGUGCACCGGACAGCUCAUUCGAUCGCCACCAGAAACGUCGAUCAAGUGGCAGAGAAGAUCCAAGAUAUACCGACGAUGAAGAAGAAAAAGAGGACAUCAGUGAUCAAGAUGAUGACUCCACGCCUCCUACUUUCUGGCGUGCAAGUGCUAAUGCAGUGGAGGCGACUGAUCUGGCUGAGCCUACAACGUUUCAGGAUGCGAUCAGCGGACCUGAUCAAGUUCACUGGCGCAAGGCCAUUCGGGCCGAGCUCGAGUCGAUGCGACUUCGCGGUGUCUUUCGUGCUGCCAAGUUGCCGAGUAACCAACGCGCUAUUGGGACCAAGUGGGUGUUCAAGAUCAAGCGCAAAGCAAGCGGAACGAUCGAGAAGUUCAAGGCGCGUUUAGUUGCGAAGGGCUUCAAGCAGAAGUACGGAAUCGACUACACCGAAACAUUCUCGCCGGUGGUCAAGUACGUGACACUGCGCAUGGUAAUUGCGAUCACCAAGUACUUCGACUGGCCUCUCGACCAACUUGACGUGGUGACGGCAUUCCUGUACGGAGUGAUGAAGGAAAAGGUGUUCUGCAACAUCCCAGAAGGUGUUGAGAUGGAUGGCGACUUCGACUGUCUCGAGUCGGUGAAAGCGAUCUACGGUCUCAAGCAAGCGUCGCGCGUGUGGAACGAGACUUUCGACGACUUCGUGUGCUCAAUCGGAUUUCAAGUAUCGGCAUUCGACCCGUGUCUCUACAUCAAGAUGGUCGACGGUCACUGCGUGCUGGUGCUGGUCUACGUGGACGACGUGCUCGUGACAGGCAGCUCACUCGACUUGAUCGCGCAGACAAAGGCCGAUCUCAAGACGCGCUUCGAGAUGACCGACAGCGGCAAGUGCACUUUUGUGCUGGGCAUCGAAUUGGUCGACGGACCUGACGGCAGUGUCACCAUGUGCCAGCGCCGCUAUGUCGACGACAUCCUUAAGCGCUUCGGUAUGGACGAGUGCAAGGCCACUGUUGGUGCGGUCGACUUGAGCUCUCCACUUGUGCCUAGCAACCAUGGGACCAAGGUGGACGCUCCGUUUCGCGAAGCAGUUGGUGCUCUGAUGCACCUGAUGACCGCGACCCGCCCAGACAUAGCGUAUGCUGUGGGUUACGUGUCGCGCUUCAUGGAGAAUCCGCAACAAGAGCACUGGGUUGCAGUAAAGCGCAUCUUCCGCUACCUUCAAGGCACCAAGUCGCACGGGGUCUGCUACCAACCAAGCGACAAGAUCGACUUUCGCGGAUACUCCGACGCGGACUGGGCUGGCGACCACGCGGAUCGCAAGUCAACUUCGGUCUACGUAUUCAUGCUGCUCGGCGCACCCAUCAGCUGGGAAAGCAAGAAGCAGUCAAGCGUGUCGCUAUCGACGAGUGAAGCGGAAUACAUCGCGCUGAGUCUGACCAUCCAAGAAGGCAAGUGGAUCCAUCGCCUGCUAUGCGAGGUUCUGACGGCUGCCAACGAAGAAGGUCCAGAGCUUAUCAUCUUUGAAGACAACCAGUCGUGCAUCAAGAUGACGAAGAACCUAGUCAACCACGGACGUGCCAAGCACAUCGACAUCAAGUACCACCACAUCCGUGAUGAAGUCAAGCGCGGCGAAGUCAAGCUUCAGUAUUGCGGGACGGCGACCAUGUUAGCGGACAUCAUGACGAAGGGACUACAUGGACCACGCCACAAGGACUUGACGGCGGCUCUCGGCAUCCGUGCGAGUUCGGAUUGA